AGCCAGUCUCCACCCCACCACAUCUGCACCUGCGCUGUAUCCUCUCACGCUCCCACUUCCUUACCAAUCUACGUCUCUUUGCUAAAGCUACCAUGGCUGGACGCGGAGGCCGAGGCGGGCAGAAAGUGCUCCUUCCCCCUAUCAACUUUAUCUUCAAACAGCUCCAGGCGCGCGCGCUCGUUUCCAUCUGGCUGUACGAGAACUUGAAUAUGCGCAUUGAGGGCAACCUGAGGGGCUUUGAUGAAUUCAUGAACCUCGUCAUCGACAACGCGACCGAGGUGAGCCUUGCAACUCGGGACAAGGCGGAGAGCAGGCGGAAGAUUGGCCAGAUCAUGCUCAAAGGCGACAAUAUUUCCCUGAUCCAAAGCCUCUCUAAGCCCCAACCCCUCUGAUGUGUAUUGGCGGAUCCUGUUGCGAAACCCUCUAACAAAAUUCGGGGGAAGCAGGGUGUGGGGUGUCUUAGAAGAACGAUUGUUUAAAAUUUCGACAUCGGCGUUCCAUGUCAUGUUUUGGCCCGAUGAAGCUGGCCAUCGCCGAGGAUGAGGGCGUCAAGGGGAAAAUCGGAAUUAUCCACUGGGACGGAUUCAUUUGGAGGGAGGAGCUGCUCACUCAACGAGAGACCCACUUGAUAUGGUUAGCAUGCCCACCCCAUACCAAAUACACCAGAAGAUUUACCGCGAAAAGGCAUCUGCGACAACUGGUGACACCGCU